UGAGAGCGUUUGUCUGCGUGCGGGCACGUCCUGACUUGUUGCUUGUGUGUACGUGUGUCCGUGGGUGUGCACGUCGAGGUUUUCGUCAAAGUAAUGACGGCGCACGAAAUGAAAAGUUGGUCAAUUGUGCGAUUUGUGCCCAUUAAAACAACAAUGUAGCAUGAGCGGAACGUUCUACUUUUCCCAUCUCAAAAGACAUGAUUUGUAUUUUGUGUAUUUGCGCUAGCGUGCGUACUGAUGCGUGAUACAACAAAUCUCAGAGCGAGUCGGCAUCUGGUUGUAGACAAGUGCACGUUUCCAUUGAGUCAUCAUCAGUAGUAGCGAGAUGAAACGAAAGCAGGACAGAUGGAUUUUUUUUUUAAUGGCAAGAGCAUAGCUGGAAGCUAGGUGGCUAAGCUAACUGCUACCAGCAACCUCAUGAUAGAAGUCACCUACAGUUUGUCACUUCCGCUUUGCAUUUUUUUUCUUCACUCGCUGUCUUUGGUAUAUAGGAUCGAGUUCAACUCACUCGCACUGCGUCAUCGGGUGGUUUAACAAUUCCAAGGGAGACAAAGAUCGAUGUUUCUUUCGGACUCCGAAGAAAAUUAUGCACUGCGGCACGGAGACAGACAAAACGUCUAAAAGACCGUUCAGACUGAUGGAGUGCGUCGUCAACACCCGGAAAAACACGAUGUCGGGGAUCUCCGGCGAAAAAUCAGCAUCGGGUAGCGUGUAUGGGACGAUUCGUCCAAACGCAGUAACUUUCUGCCAGCAUCGUGAUUUUCAAUCAGCUAGCCAGUCGUCAAAGUGCUUUGAAAACACCCUCAUCUAAAGCAAAUUGAUGAACGAAUGUACGCGGCUGCGUGUGCACGCAAGUGCGCGUGAAGACCGCCAAGAUGGUCGCCAUAGGGGAAAAAAAAGGCAUCCCACAAUGCAUUGCUCUGAGCUGCGCGCGAGCGACCCAUCCGAAAUACAUACGACAUAAGGGCCAUGUUCCGAUCAUUUGAUCAGGACUGGGUAAGACGAACAGUGAAUUUCAUUUGAAAAAGGCCGUUCAUCAUUUUCGGGCUUUGAAUUAAUUAGUAGCAUUCAAAAGGUGUGAAAUAUUUCAAAGUGGAACAUGGUCUUAAAGUCAUCCGUGUCACUUUUAAAUGUCAAAAUGUGGUUUGUGUCCCAAAUGGCAUGAUCAUGAUUUGCAACCUGCUUUCUGCAGACGCUAAACAAACACACAUUAGCCUCUUUUAGCGUUUCUUUGUUGGGGUUCUUUGACAAGUGCCACUAAGGCUUUGUUUAAAGCCACCGAUGAUGUUGCGAUACACCUGAGGGAACUGGGAGCUCAACUGGCAGCCAUUUUGGCAGACAGCAACAUGGACGCCUGGUCUUGUUCAAGGGUCACAACCACAGUUUGUCUUCUUUUCCAUGAUUGUAAGACAUACCGGGUCACGUGUUUUAUGAGGACGGUUCAGAUCAGCCACGCGCUUUCGAUGAAUCCCAAACUCUCCAGACAGCAAGCGGCAUCUCACGAAAAUGUCAUUUGGGCCGCAACAACUGCCGGUCUGAAGCGAGGCGUGUGCUCGCAGAUCAACCAUUUCCCGGAUGACGCAGACUACGACCAAGAUGCCGCCGAAUACCUGCUGCGUGUGGUGCGCGCGUCCAGCAUCUUCCCCAUCCUGAGCGCCGUGCUACUGCUGCUGGGCGCCGUAUGCGUGGCCUCCAGCGGCUUGGACAAAAGCAAAAGAAACGUCAUCCUGGGAGGCGGAAUUCUCUUUGUGGCCGCAGGCCUGAGCAACAUCAUCGGCGUGAUCGUUUACAUCUCGGCGGCACUCAGCGACAUCUCGCCCAAGAAGGACGAAGACAAGAAGUGGCACUACUCGUACGGUUGGUCCUUCUACUUCGGUGGCCUGUCCUUCAUCUUGGCCGAGAUGGUGGGCGUCCUCGCCGUCAACAUCUACAUCGAGAAGAGCAAAGAGCUGCGGUGCCGCUCUCGCACAGACCUCUUCAAGAGCACCACGCACGCCAUGCUACGCCUGCCCAGCUACCGCUUCCGCCGGCGCUCGCACUCCAGCUUGCGCUCCACCGAACCGUCCCACUCGCAGGAAACCUCGCCCGUCGGGGCCAAAACCUUCAGCCUGCCGCCGUCCGCGCCUCCCUUCUCCGUGGCCACCCUACCCAACCCCCACCACGACAGCGGUGACAUCUCCAUGUACACCCUGUCCAGGGACACCAAGCUGGGCAGCCUGGGCGGCGGCACGGCGCCGCUCUACGGCACCAUGGAUCGCGCCACGCUCUACCAGCUUCACAACUACUUCCCCAAGGAUGGCAGCGGCGGAGGGGCCGCGCCCGUCAGUAGCGGCACGCUCCCGUCGCGCUCCAAGUCCAACCUGGCGGCCGCCGGCCAGAACGCCGCCCCGCUGAACAGCGCCGCCUCCGCCACGGGAUCCGCCGCCUCGGCCUCUGCCGCCACUGCGCAGCCGCCCAUGUCCGGGGCUACCAUGGAGCGGGACAGGGGCCUUGCGGGGACGCUGGAUCGACUGACGGCCAAACGGGACCGUGACAGCAAUUCGGAUACGCUCAACAGGAAGACCACGCCCGUCUGAAAGCUGAAUGGCGGGGGCAGGAAGAAAGCGGCGUUACGGUCCAAACAUGAUUGGAGACAGACUGACUACGAAUCCAAGAUUCACCUGUCCUGACUUUUGGGAAACACUGCAGCCAUAAGGACUUAGACAUACAACGAAUGGACAAAAACACGCACGCACGCACACACACACACACACACACACACACACAC